AUGAUAUUACUUGCAAUACUUUGGUUCUUCCUAAACCUAAUACGUCAUCAACUUUUGACGAUACACUCGAUAAUAGAAAUCUUAUUAGCGAAAAUAUCGUUCUUGAUAAUUACAAUAAGAUGCAAUCAUUUGAUGUUAGAAAUGGUAAUGAUCUCAUUUUGAGCUAUAUUGACAAGGAUAACAUGGAAAUUCAACAAGAAGAUGAUGAGAUUUGUCUUAAAAGAGAUAAUGAAAUUAACAAAGAAUCAACAAACAAUGAAUUUAACAAUGAUAACAAUAAUGAACGUAAAGAAAUUGUGGAUAUUAAAACAAAAGUCAAACAAGAGUAUGGUAGAAUUACUUUAGCUCUCAAGGAUCAAUUAGCUUUGUAUAAUAAAUUCCGUGAAGUUAUUCCGGAAAAUGUUCGAAAACAAGUAGAAAAUACAGUAGGCGUUAUCAGUUUUACAUAUCAUCAACCUAAUCAAACGGACGGUGUACAUGUAACUUCUGAUGAUCCUAUGGGAGAAUCUAUUCCUCAAGAAAAUGAUUCGGAUUUUUUAUCAUCUACAGAAUCAAAUUCUUCUGAACAAAAUCAAGUAAAAGUGAAAAAAUCUACAAGAACGAUGAAUGGCUAUAAUUAUUAUAUUAAGAAACAGUUUAAAAAGUCAAAGAAUAAAUCGCGGAAGGCACGAGACGUAAUCAGUUCAUCCGCGAAAAAAUGGCUUGAACUUCCGGCAAUCAAAAGCAAAACUUGGACGGGAAAAAGUUUCCGUGAAGCAAAAUAGAUUAUACGGUCGAAAGAAUCAGCAACCAAGACAACCACGUAUUGAUACACCAGGAGAAAAUGAAAGUGAGGUUUUGGCUGUUGUCAUUCCAAUUGACUCUGAACUCCGCUAUAAAUUUCAAUAAUGACGCAGUCUCAAUGUUGAGUCAUAUAUGUGGGAUUUAAUUUACAUUGGAUGAAUAAAAAGAGUAUAUUUCACGAUAGAAUUCAAUAAGAAAUUUGCAUGAAAAAUUUAAGAGUGAAACAUACGUUCUUUUUGCUUCUAUU